UCGGUCCCUUUCUUUACUCGUCUUCUCGUCUUCCACCGUCACGGGUGCUACGCAUGUCGUUUGGGGGCGUCUGUCCCAGGAUUCUCAAUUCCAUGCCAUCCCCUGCACUUUCAAUCACCGUCUACCUUUUUGAACGACCUAGUGGUCUUCCCCCAUCUAAACAUAAUUAUAGCUUUGCCGCCUGACUCUCGUAGACGUCUCGGAAAUGCUGCUGCCUGGUUGUCUUUCGCGCUCAGAUCGCACAACGUUUCUGUCCUAGCUCCCAAAAAGCCCAAUCUGUCCUCUUUUCCUGGCAUCAUUGUCGCUCUCGGGCAACGUCACCACGCGUAGCCAGGUCGUCUUUAUUUAUCACGACUACCGCCCGUUCUUUGCGCUUACCAUUGUUUCGAACAGAAUCGCCUUUCUUUCUCAAGUCGACAUAAUUCCACAGAAAAUCAAAUAGAUCGUCGUUGCCGUCCGAAUUGCCAUCAUGGGUCUCACUUUCUCGAAGCUUUUCGACAAGCUGUGGGGGAAGAAGGAGAUGAGAAUUCUCAUGGUCGGUCUUGAUGCUGCUGGCAAGACUACAAUUCUCUACAAGCUGAAGCUUGGUGAAAUCGUCACCACCAUUCCUACCAUCGGCUUCAACGUUGAGACUGUCGAGUACAAGAACAUUCAAUUCACCGUGUGGGAUGUCGGUGGUCAGGACAAGAUCCGUCCUCUCUGGAGGCACUACUUCCAAAACACCCAGGGUAUCAUCUUCGUCGUCGACAGCAACGAUCGCGACCGUAUCGUGGAGGCUCGUGAGGAGCUUCAGCGCAUGCUGAACGAGGAUGAACUGCGGGACGCCAUUCUCUUGGUAUUCGCCAACAAGCAGGAUCUUCCGAACGCCAUGAACGCUGCCGAGAUCACAGAUAAGCUCGGCCUUCACAGCCUGAGACAACGUGCCUGGUACAUUCAGUCUACCUGCGCCACCUCUGGAGAUGGUUUGUAUGAGGGUCUUGAGUGGCUCGCGACCACUCUGCGCAAGGCUGGUCACCAGUAAACUAUUCAUACCCACGCAGACAACCAAUGAAGCCGCAUGAAGCCUUACGCUCGCUCCGUCCGGCCAUGUCAACCUACAUUUCGCUUAAUGGUUCGGUGGUCAUUUGCAAGUUAUCCGAGCACAAUCCAAUCGAGUAGUCCAUUAGCCAUCGAUGGCAAUCUUUUUCCUCUGGAUCUUCCCAAAUGCCAUCGUCUGUUUUUGUGGCCCCCCCCUCCCUGUGGUGGCGCCUUAUAUCGUUUUCGUGAGCUCGCCAGGCUUGGGAUCGCAUUGGUAUCGGUUCCGUCUAUCUACGUCUUCUUUCCGAC